UGCUUCGGAACCAGCAGUUAAAGGACAAAGAGAGACACAAGAACAUGGAGAUGCUCUGUAACUCAGAAGUGACGACCCUGCAGCAGGAGCUCACUGCUGCUCAGUCCAGACUACAGGAAGUCCGGGAUGACCUGGCAGAGCUACGGAGUGCCCUGCAGGACACACAGAGCCAGCUGAGAGACAGAGAGGCAGAGAACACAGUCAUCAGGACAGAGCUGGAAGCAGUCAGAAGCAGGUUGGCGGAGAGCGAGCGAGAGAAGAGUGAGUUAGCCUCACUCGUCCAACGAAGACUGGAGGAGACAGGAAACCUGAACAGGAUCCUUCAGAACCAGGACUCUUCAGGUUCUCCUACACUUGUUGACAGUUCAGGAUCAGACACAAACCAGCAGCAGAGACCAGCAGAGACCACCCCUGAAUGCAUCGAGUACUUGAGGUCUCUGGACCAGCUGGGUCCCACACACAGUGAGCCAAAGACUCUGAUCCCAGUCCACCUGAGAGACACAAGGUCACACAAACCUGCAGAGACCUCAGUUUGUCACCUAAACCCUCACCUGGAUCCAUCAUGGCAGCCUGAGAGGGAGCAAGUCCGACUGCAGGACUGCACUGUGUCCCAGUGUGACAUAGAGUCUGUGUGGUCUGACUGGACCAUGAGGUCCGGGUCCACCUUUGACACCAGAGAUGAGGCAGCAUUCAGAGACGGUCUGGCAGCUCUGGAUGCCAGUAUAGCCAGUCUGCAGAAGACCAUCCAACUGGACCUGAAGAGGUGAUCCAGACCUAGCUGGAUCUGGACCUGAGGAGGUUAUCCAGGUUCAGCUCCUCUGUGCAUG